AUGAGUGAAGAAAAAUUAUUUUGCCUUCAAUUCGAAAAAACAGGAGUUUGUCUUAAAGGAGAGAUGUGUAACAAGCCACAUAGAUCAGAUCCUAUGUCACGAAUUCUGUUAUUUAAGCAUUUAUAUCCGGAUCCAGAUGUUUUUUUAGCUUUAUUGCCAACAGGUUCAGUAACCAUUAGCGACGAAGAAAAGCAACGUGCAGCUGAUGCAUUUUACUAUGAUAUUUUCUUAAUGUGCCAACGUUUCGGACCAGUUGAAGAUAUUUUAAUUGCUUCAAAUAAAACAGACAUCAUGAAUGGUAAUGUUUAUGUAAGUUUCAAAGAAGUUGAUGCUGCUCAAGCUGCAUUUUUGACUUUAAACAAUCAAUAUUACGCCGGAAGAAAAGUUGAAUGCGUUUUAACACCAAUAUCAAGAUUAUCAAAUGCUAUAUGCAACGAAUCUGCAUGCCCUUAUGGAUCUACAUGCAAUUACGUUCACCCAUUAAAAAUUUCAGAACAUAUUACGAAAAUUUGUUUUCCACGCUCAUCCAGAGUAUAUCCUACUCAAUUUAGAAGAGCUGGAAAAAUUAAAAUCGCAACAACUCCUGCUAAUAUUCUUAAUGGUUCUUUCCAAGCUUUUUAA